AUGGCACCCAUCGCAAUCCCUACCACCGAGCCUGCCCCCGCGCUCGACCUCGCCACGCUCAAAGCCGCCCUCGCGGCGGUCGACACGACCAAGGUGGACCUCACCGUGCCGCCCGACACGGCGAUCGUGCGCCUCACCAAGGCCGGCAUCGACCUCACAAAGGGCUACCCGCACGUCCCGGCGCGCCCCGAGAUCGGCGCGGUGCAGCACAUCCGCGAGUAUGUCCGCGAGGGGCCGUACCACGACCCGGGCAGCCGCGCCGACAAGGACAAGAAGGCGCUGUUUGGCGCCGCGGCCAAGGUCGUCGACCUGACCAAGCACUUUGGUACCGAGAUCAUCGGCCUCCAGCUCAAGGACCUGACCGACCAGCAGAAGGACGAGCUCGCGCUGCUCGUGUCCGAGCGCGGCGUCGUGUUCUUCCGCGACCAGGACCUCACGCCGCAGAAGCAGCUCGAGCUCGGCGUGUACUGGGGCGACGGCAUUGUCGAGGAGCACCCCUUCACGCCGAGUGUGCCGGGCCACCCGGGCGUGGCCGUCAUCUGGCCCGACGGGUGGAAGGGCAAGUGGUACAAGGACCGCUCGUACCGCCGCCCCUACCCGUCCCACUAUGGCUGGCACACCGACUUUGUGCACGAGGCCUUUCCCGCCAGCUACACGCACCUGCACCAGGACAGCGUGCCCGAGGUCGGCGGGGACACGCUCUGGGCGAGCGGGUACGCCGCGUACGACAAGCUGUCGCCUGCGUUCCGUACGCUGCUUGAGGGGCUGAGGGGCAUCUACAAGUCGGGCAACUCGUACCCCGACCCGAACGACCCCCACGGCCCGCCAAAGUACAUCACGCGCACGCACCCGCUGGUCCGCACCCACCCCGUCACGGGGUGGAAGGUGCUCUACGUCAACCGGGGCAACAUGCUCGGCAUCGAGGGCUUCGACCAGGCCGAGUCGGACGCGCUUCUCGACUACCUCAAUAACCUGUACGAGCGGAGCCUCGACAUCCAGCUCCGCUGGCACUGGACGCCGGGCACCAGCGCCAUCUGGGACAACCGCGCGACGAUCCACUCGGUCUCGUUCGACUACGACGAGGUCAGGCAUGGCACCCGCGUCGCUUCGCUCGCGGAGAAGCCGUACUUUGACCCCGCGUCCAAGAGCCGCGCAGAGGCGCUCGGCAUCAAGGGGUUCUUGAAGACUGAGGAUGUUGAGGCGAGGUUUGCUUCCAACAACCGCCUGUUUCGUAUCCCGUCUGUCCAGCUCUUCGCAGCCAGCCCAGUGUUCAGUGCCCCGCACGACAUCAGCAGUGCGGGCGGGGACAAGACGGUUCAGUUCACCGAUUCAACGAUCGAGACGUCCAAGGUCUUACACACCGUCCUGUCACUCAUGACGACUUCCAAGCUCGACAUGUGUCUUGAUCACCGGAGCACUACAGGCUGGUGUCAACACCUCGCCAAUAUCGUUGCCUUCCUGAAGAAGUACGAGUGCGACCGCACAUUGCAGGCUCUCCUCCACGCCUACCACUACGACAACCUCAUGGGCCACUGGGGGACUAUCAACCAUGCGCUUCCCGGCCUCGUCCUGGGAGCCCUUGCCGACGACAUCAGCUAUUGCAUGAUAGUCAUCGAUAUCUACCACAAGAGGCUUCAGGGUCCAAUGAGCGUCUACCCCGACGGCACUGCCGAAAUGCAGAAGAACGACCCACGAACUCGUUGUCGCGACGCCAAGCCCACAAACGUCCUCCUCCCAGCCAACAUGUCGCUUACGAUCCAUCGCCUCCUCCCCCCGGACUAUAUCUGGGCGCUGUCUCGCAGCUGGCUGGAUGCCAACCAAAACCUCGGGUCAUGGGCGUACCAGUUCUCGUCGUUUGCUUCCAAGGCUCUUCAGCCCCGUACUACUCCGACCGCAAAGUCGACGACCUCGAGCUGA